UCGGGAGAAAACACAUGGGUAAUCAGGGGGCGUGGCACACAGGAGGAGUGGACGAGCCGGGCAUGACAAUAUCUGUGCACAUAUGUACAUUUUCACACUUCAUAAAUAGUCAUAUUUUAACAAUUUGCAAAAAGUCCCAUGAGUCUUUGUUGCCGCCAUACGGGAUCAAACCAGUUUGUGGCGGGUCACCACCAGGCUGCUAGCUUAAGCCACUAUCAACAUGGAGCGGCAUCGUCAGUGGCACACAGACAAAAGACAUUUUAAAAAAUGCUGGGAGGAAGAAUAUUUUUUCACUGACAUAAAUGCUAAAGCGGUCUGCCUUAUUUGUAACCAGUCUGUUGCUGUACUAAAGGAGUAUAACAUUCGUCGUCAUUAUGAGACGAAGCACGCAGCAUUUUCGCAAUUCAAAGGUGAUGCGCGAAAGAACAAGACCAGGGAGCUGCUGGCUAAACUUCACAGGCAACAAGGGACUCUUACACGGCCCUCGACAGCCCAGGACAGCGCGACACGGGCCAGCUUUGAGAUUACUGCGCUAAUUGCCCGGACUGGGAGAUCAUUUUCAACGGGUGACUUUGUUAAGGAGUGUCUGUCCAUAGCUGCGACAAUCAUGUGCCCGUCACAGGCAAAAACUUUCUCCCAGAUCAGCCUCUCACGAAAUACUGUGACACGUCGUAUUGAAGAAAUGUCUCGAGACAUUAAGGAGCAAUUUAAAGCAAAGGCUGCUGGAUUUGUCGCCUUUUCUUUGGCGUGUGAUGAGAGCACGGACAUUUCGGACUCUGCACAACUUUUGGUUUUCAUACGGGGAGUAAAUGAAAACAUGGAAAUAACUCAGGAGCUGGCUGGAUUUGAGACACUGCGCAGCACAACAAAAAGUGAGGAUUUGUUUGCAGCCGUUGAGCGAGUGUUGGAUACGAACGGGCUGAGCUGGGAAAAAUUGGUUGGGAUAACAACUGAUGGAGCACCUGCCAUGGUUGGGAGGAAAACAGGCCUUGCCACACUAAUUUCCCAGAAGGUUUCCCAAUGUGGAGGUAAGGUGGCAAAAUACCACUGCAUCCUGCACCAAGAGCAACUAUGUGCCAGAUCAGUUGGUAUGGGAGACGUGGUGCGUGACGUGAUUAAAAUCAUAAACUGCAUACGAUCAAAAGCGCUCUCACACCGCCAGUUCAGAGCUCUUCUAGAGGAGGUUGAUUCACAAUACAAGGAUGUGCUUUACCACCAAGAGGUGAGGUGGCUGAGCCGCGGGAAAGUCCUCAAAAGAUUUUUUGAGCUGCGCCAUGUCAUCGCGGAGUUUCUGACAAGCAAGAACAGUGACACUCAAGUCCCCACAGAUGAAAAAUGGUUUUGUGACGUGGCUUUUAUGGUGGACAUCACUGACCUGCUCAACACCCUGAAUAUUCAGCUUCAAGGGAAGGAUCAGAUCAUCACUGAGCUGUUUGACCACAUAACGGCCUUCAGGUCGAAGCUGCAGCUACUCUGUCGACAUCUGUCAGCAGGAAACCUUGCACACUUCCCUAGUCUGAGAGAGGUCAACCUGGUGAAGCAGAGACUGCCUGAAUAUGCAGCACUUCUCAGACACUUGGACCAGGACUUUGCGUUGCGCUUUGAGGACUUUAGGGAAAGUAGAGGUGACAUGGAGCUGUUUUCUCAACCCUUCACCAUAAGUGUGGACUCAGUGCCUGAUCACAUUCAGAUGCAGCUAAUUGAGUUUCAGUGUGAUUCUGAGCUAAAGAAUAAAUUCAUGUCACUACACCUGAAAGACUUCUACACACAUGUCUCAUCUGAAAGGUACCCAGACAUUAGGAAACAUGCACAGGUCAUGUUAGCUUUGUUUGGCAGCACUUACAUCUGUGAACAGACUUUUAGUGUAAUGAACCUUAACAAGUCCAGGCUCAGAAGCACUCUGACUGACCCACACCUACAGGACAUCCUCACCCUCUCAGUGAGUCAGCUGCAACCUAAUAUUGAUAGGCUGAUAAACGCCAAAGAACAGCUUCAUGUUUCUCACUAGUGGUGCAAUUAUAUUGUUCCUACUGUUGUUGUUGUGUUGCUGUUGGACAUGCACUCUUUGACAUUUUGCACUAUAUGUGAUUACAAAAGUUUAGACGUGUUCUAAAUGCCUAUAUAUGACUUAUUUGUCAUAUUUUGUUUAAUGGUAUUUACACAGAACGGAAGGUUAGAUAACUGUUUGAUAAAUAAAACUACUUUACUUUACUAUUAGUGUUUGUAUUUUGUGUAAAAUAUUACAUUUGGCCCGCGGUCCUCCGAUAGAUUUUCAUUUUGGCCCACUAAGGGAAAAUGUUUGGGCACCCCUGGUUUAAGGUAUUAAAAUGCUCCCCCUACAUGCGCAAUCGCAUCAUUGCAUUCGGCUGCGCAACAUUUAAGAUGGACCGGAAAAUCCGAAUAAGACGCUGCGAAUAAUAAAUAAGACUGGUGUGUG